UUUAUAUGUCCCUUAAAUCCCAAUGAAACGAUUGAUCGUCGGAUCUGCGUCGAAUAUUUACUUAGCCUAUACAACUACUGUUAGAAUGUAGUCGCGUCAAUUGCUGAUCAACUUGCUGAACUAGACAUAUUUUGACUCAUUACGUCAGUAACCACGUGUUAUCAGUCUGUCACAACAAUUUCAGAAACUACGUUUUAAAGGAGGAACUGGUAAUUGGACGAACCGGGAGGGAGGAACCAAGAACCAAAAGAGGAUACCACGCCGUAGCCUUCAAACGCUCUCAAACAAGUCUAUUGAAAACAAAGCUUGAUCAGAACCAGUUAUUACUUUUUGAAUUUUAAAUUUUCGAAAUGCGCAAUAGGAUAAUACAGAUAACAUGUUAGAUAGUAGAGAACCGCAAUGAAAACAACGUGAACUGAUGGAUGAAAACAAAUUCGCAUCGUAAGCGUAAAGUAGCAAGCAGUGCAGUGAUGGCAGGUUGCGUCGCGAAUAUGUUACAAGAUUGUGUAUAUCUCCGGUUAACAAUGUGGAAUAUGUCUCUGGCGACAAAUAUAGUAUAUAAGUUAUAGGUUUGAUAUGUAAUUUUAAAUUAGUUAGAAACGAAAUGGCAUCAAACGAAAAUGAACUAAUUAUUGAAGAAGAGUGCGUUGAUUGGACAGUGCCACUUGCUUUUAUGAGAAAGCGACAUACAGAAAGUAUUGAAGGAGCGAAUUCGAUUACGCAGACAUGGAGAAUGAAAGAAAGAAUGAAAACUGUCAGUGUGGCCCUUGUACUCUGCCUGAAUGUGGGUGUGGAUCCUCCUGACAUUGUAAAAACACAACCUUGUGCUCGAUUGGAAUGCUGGAUUGAUCCAUUGUCGAUGAGCCCACAAAAAGCUCUGGAAACAAUUGGUGCAAAUUUACAAAAACAAUAUGAACGUUGGCAGCCUCGUGCUAGAUACAAGCAAAGUUUAGAUCCUACUGCAGAAGAAGUUAAAAAGCUUUGCACUUCACUGAGGCGUAAUGCCAAGGAAGAAAGAGUUCUUUUUCAUUAUAAUGGACAUGGUGUUCCUAAACCCACAUCAAAUGGUGAAAUUUGGGUUUUUAAUAAGACGUAUACCCAGUACAUUCCAUUGUCAGUAUAUGAUCUUCAGACAUGGAUGGGGGCACCAUCCAUUUAUGUAUAUGAUUGUUCCAAUGCUGGUAUAGUAGUAGAUUCUUUCAAACAGUUUGCAGAGCAACAUGAAAGGGAAUAUGAGCAAAUGGUCGCUCAAAAUAGAAAUCCAGUGCCUCCUCCAUCUUUUAAAAACUGCAUCCAGUUGGCUGCAUGUGCUGAUAAUCAGAUUUUGCCCAUGAACCCUGAUUUGCCUGCUGACAUUUUUACAUCCUGUCUUACAACUCCUAUCAAAAUAGCACUUCGAUGGUUUGUUAUGCAAAAUACUUCAAAGUUGGUGCCUAAAAUAUCCAUGGACCUUAUAGACAAAAUACCUGGGCAGUUAAAUGAUAGACGGACGAUGCUAGGUGAACUUAAUUGGAUAUUUACUGCCAUUACUGACACUAUUGCUUGGAACACAUUACCAAGAGACUUGUUCCAGAAAUUGUUUCGUCAAGAUCUAUUAGUAGCAAGUUUGUUUAGGAACUUUCUCUUAGCAGAGAGAAUAAUGAGGUCUUAUGAUUGCACUCCAGUCUCUUCUCCAAAGUUGCCUCCAACAUAUCAACAUCCUAUGUGGCAAGCUUGGGAUUUAGCUUUGGAUCUUUGUUUGUCACAACUCCCUGCUAUUUUAGAGUCAGAGGAUCAGUUUGUACAUUCUCCAUUUUUUGAAGAGCAGUUGACUGCCUUUCAAGUGUGGCUGAACCUAGGAUCUGAACUCCGUAAUCCUCCAGAACAAUUACCGAUUGUUCUACAAGUUUUACUGAGUCAGGUGCAUAGAUUACGAGCUUUGGAGCUUCUGGGAAGAUUUUUGGAUCUUGGUCCAUGGGCUGUCAAUUUGGCUCUGUCUGUGGGCAUUUUCCCAUAUGUUUUAAAGCUGUUGCAAAGUUCUGCAAGAGAAUUGCGUCCAUUGUUAGUCUUUAUAUGGGCCAAAAUAUUGGCAGUUGAUAGUACUUGUCAAGCUGAUUUAGUUAGAGAUAACGGACAUAAGUACUUCUUGUCGGUUUUACAAGACCCUUGUAUACAAGGAGAACACAGAACUCUCGCAGCCUUUGUUUUAGCCUGUAUAGUACAUAAUCAUCCAUUAGGACAAGAAGCCGCUAUGCAGGGUAGUCUUGUUUCUAUAUGCCUAGAGCAACUGGGUGACUCUAACCCGUUGCUGCGCCAGUGGCUAGCAGUGUGUUUGGGUCGUCUAUGGACCAACUUUGAGAAGGCACGUUGGUGUGGUGUACGGGAUAUUGCACAUGAAAAACUCUAUACUCUGCUUCAAGAUUCUGUUCCUGAGGCAAGUGUGCGAGCAUCUGCGGUUUAUGCCUUGGGCACAUUCAUCAGUUCAGUCACUGAGCGAAGUGAGCAUGCAAAUAAUAUUGAUCACAGCAUAGCAAUGACACUCAUCAACACAGUUUCAAAUGAUAUGAGCCCUCUAGUAAGAAAAGAAUUGAUUGUAGCUCUUCAGUGGAUGGUGCUCCUGUUUGAGAAUUCAUUCCUGUCUGUUGCCCUUCAGGAGGAAGGCACUCGCAGUAGAGAUAGUCUUGGUUCUCAAGUCCUGAUGUUACCAGGUGAGGCCAGUAUGUCACCCAUGAUGGGAAUGCGUCGCAUCGCAUCACGAGACAGGUUGAAAAUGCUUGCUCCUGGUACACUGAUCAGUGUAGAUGGUAGUGUAGCUCCUGCAGCCAUGGCAGCUUCUGACAUUUUACAUUCAAAUGUUGACAGAAUUAAAAGGGUUUCAUCGUCCUCUUCUAUAUGUAGUCUUGGUCACAGCACUUUAAGCAGCCUGCCUGCUUUAGCAUAUGGAAGCAUAUACAUGAAGCUUUGGCAUGGGUUGACUGCAAUGGACACAGAUCCUCAUCCAGGUGUGAGUCACAUGUCUCACACAGUGACUAACUACAUCAGAGAUCAGACUUCAUAUGUUUUUGUGGAUUCAGACUUUCAUAAGGAUGUGAAUCAUGUAAAAGAUCCAACAGGAGCAAAAGAUCUGGGAGAAGCCAAACUGUCAUCCUCUUUAUCUUUGCCGCCCUCUCCAUCUAGCAGGCCUUUAUUUCUUGCAGGUGAGAGCCCACCAACUACUGGUUCAAAUAUGGAAUUGCAUCGUUUGACCACAUCGCGCUCCGCUCACAUUACCAGCCGAACUCGUAAAAUGGUGCCUAAUACUAUAUCAGAAGAAUCUGAUGAAACCGCAGGUUCUCGUAAACCUUUGGUUUCAACACAGUUUGUUGAAUGGAGUUGUAAAUAUUUUGCUCAAUCUGUGAUGAAGAAUCAGAAUGGAAGUGACAGUGAAAGUAAUCUCCACUGUGAGAGGGAGUGGAGAUACUUCCGGAAUAGACAUGUACGAGUCGACUCAAAAGAGGAGCAAAGGAAAAUGGCAACUGGUCGAUUAGAACAUCAAAUAUUUAAUUCACGUAGUCCAAGUCCACCCUCGGUUAUUCUUUUUCACCCUUAUGAUCCUCAUUUUGCUGUUGCCUGUAAAGAUUCGUUUGGAAUUUGGGAUUGGUAUAGUGGAACAAAGAUGAGUUACUGUAGUAAUCGUGCAUCCAAAGGAUCUCGAAUUACCUCUCUGGAAUUUGUAAAUGGCCAUGACAUGUCACUCUUGCUUGUGGCUUCAGAUGAUGGAUCAGUGAGAUUGUGGAACAAUUAUAGUCUUGUAAUGGGAAAAGAACCUCUUCUGGUGACUGCUUGGCAAGCACUGUCUGAUGUUCAACAUUUAGGACGCUCUGCAAAUGCAGGUUCUGGCUUACUGAUGUCUUGGGAACAGAAUGCCCAGCAACUUGUUGUGACUGGUGAUGCCAGAAUUAUUAGAAUAUGGGAUGCUGAGAGUGAGUUGAAAGUGGUAGACAUUCCUACUGGAGCUGACAACUGUGUAACGUCCAUUUCCACUGAUUUGUCUGAAUCAAAUCUACUAGUGGCUGGUUGUGGGGAUGGAUCAAUAAGAUUAUUUGAUCGUAGACUUCCUCCGCAUGAAGCUCGUAUAAUGACGUGGAGGGAACAUGCUUCAUGGGUAGUAGGUGUACAUCUCCGUUUUCCAACAACCGGGGCAAGAAGAGUGAUAAGUGGAUGUGUUGGAGGAGAUGUGCGAUUUUUUGAUAUUCGUAGAAAUACCUCUGUCUCCACUUGCCAGACAGCUCAGGGUAUGACAGCCAUGGCAGUCCAUAAGGAGGCAGAUGCUUUUGCAUGUGGCUCCAUUAACCAGUUUAUAAGUGCAUACAACAUGGAAGGAAACCUCAUUAACACCAUCAAAUAUCAUGAAGGUUUUAUGGGGCCACGCAUUGGCCCUGUACGGUGCUUGGCGUUCCAUCCUCAUAGGGUGUGUCUAGCUGCAGGUAGUAUCGACAACUCUAUUAGUGUGUAUUCUAUUGAUCCAAAGAGAUGACCUGGUUCAGACUUGGUGUCUUAUAGUAUUGCCUUUUAGAAUAAAAAGCCUUAUAUAUAAUCUUAAUUUACAUACGGUUAUCAUAUAGUUCACAUUAUAUAAAUUUAUGACCCUCAAUUUCUUCUCUGUGAAUUUGAAGAAAUAAUUUGCAGUGACUUAAAAGCAUAAUUUUAGAAUUUUUGUUUUGUUUUCUGUUGUUAGAAGAAUUUUUAAAGAAUUUACUUAUGUUAGUAGGAAAUAAUCCAUACAAAGACGAGAAUUCUCAGUAUGGUUGAGGUAGUUCUUUUGUAUACAUGAUUCUUUCUGGUUGUGUUAUUUCAUUUCUCUUCUUAAAUGCUGUAUUUCUUUAUUUAUCUCAUCGCUUAUGGAUAGAAACUGUAAGAUACACUAUCCACAGCAACACUUGGUCAUUUAUGUUUUAAUGUUCACAUUCUGCCCUAACGGUAAAUUUUCAUUUAAAUUCAAGGUGAUCUUUCAUGUACUUAGAAGAAAUUGAUUGAAUGAGAGCGACUUCAUGAAUUUAAAUUGUAUCUUUAAACAUUUAAUUAGCUUGUUAAUAUUAUUUGCUGCAUUCCAUAUAUUGCCAAGCAAUUCUUGCCUUGGUUUUGAACUAACUUGUAGAUGGUUCUACAACAGCUCAGAAAUAGGCACAAUGCUUUUAAAAUCAUUGCCAAUUAUGCAUUGCCUUUUUGUAGUGUAUGUAUUUUAUAAUUCUUUCAUAAUUUACUGCCAAAUACAUACACUACACCAAGGAAAUUUAUUAUAAAGAUUAUUUGUGAUGGGAGUUAAAAUAUUGCUGAAGGCAGACAGAAAAUAUAAUGGUGAUGGAACAUAGUUUUUCACAAACCAAAAAAAUAUUUUUGCCAUUGGUAUAAAUGAAUCUGAGGGCUUGCAGUAACAAACAUUGUCAUGUUCUCUAGUUCAUACUUUAAAAAAAAAAACAGAUUUUUUAAAACAUGACCCAAGAUAUUGAUUAUUUCUCAGUGGAUUUUAAUCUUUGAGGACGGCAGCUUGAUUAUAUUAUAGUUUUGUUAUCUAAAUGGGGUCACUCCAUGCCCUGUAUUAUUUGCACAUACUUUUCAUUCAGUUAAUAGUAAGCGACAUAUCAUGUUCUUUAAACCAAGAAUUUUUGUAUUAUAUGCUGUGUGUUGUAAUAUACUGUAAUAUGAGUUUAUCAAAUUAUUCAGUGUAUUGAUUAUCAUCUCAAAAUAUGAUACACCUAUUCAGAUAGUUAUAUCAAUUGUGAUUUGUAAUAAUUUAUUUCAGUAUUGUUUAUUUGAAAUCUCUUCAUUUACCAACAAUUCUUUAUGCGAUAUUCUUAAGUCAACUUUACCCAACAAUAAAUUUCAUGUGGUUUUGUUUUUGCCUUCAGAAAUUUGCAGCAUAACAAUAAUAACCAUUCGCUUUUUAUUUUUAAAAGUAAGAAAAUGUUAAUAAAGAUGUGCUACCAUGUUUUUAUUGUAUCUCUUCACCGGUGGGUGCAAUUUAUGCAUUCUGUAUCUUGAGUGUGUAUUCUUAAAGGUGUUCUAGGGUACUAUUGCUUUGAAGUGUUCAGGAAUAUCCAAUUUAUAGAUUCAUAUUUUGUGAAAUAGGCCUCUGGAUUUGUUGCCCACAACUGAAAAUCUUGUUCUGACAUUGAACUACUAACUGCCAACACAAAUAAUCUUGUGUAGUGACAUCAAGAAAUACCAUGAUAGUUAGAGACUUUGAUAAAGACUUUUUCAUUGGAAUUGCAGCAGAUGAAAAUGUUUUGUAGCUCAUGGCUCUUCAAUAUUAUUUAUCAAUUAGAACUUGUGUGCGUUUGCAUUACAGCAAAUAAUUGUUCUUAUGCAUUUGUUUAUAUGGUCUUGAUUAAUACAUCUAUUUAUGUAAUACUUACCUUUUGGGAAGUACAAUAUAUGCUGGUAUGCCAUUCUGUUGAUCUUUUUACUUACAUGUGGUUGUUACAUUGUCACUGGUGAUACCAAAAAUAUAGAACAUUAAGGAAUUAUUUUUGUAAAGUACUUCAAAUCAUGGUGAACUUACAUAUAUGUAUAUAAUGUGCAAAAAUGGUUAUGUUGCUCUGCUAUAAUUCUCAGUGAUUGUAUUUGCCUUAAAAACACUACAAGCAUUUACAAGCUAUCGUGUGUGGGGUGAUGUAUGAGUAUAUGUGUGUCUUUCUUUUCUGUUAUUUAGAAUUCAAAAGACUUAAAUGAUCUAUUUCUCAACUGCACAAGAACAGAACAUGUACUUAGGAUGUUUAUAUUUGAAAAAGAUUCAUUUUAGUGUAUCUAUAAUUACAUAGAUACAAUUUGAUUGAAAAUUUUCAUAGAAUACUUCAUCUAGUGUUCACUACUGAAGGUGAUAAGUAUUAUUUUUUACUACCAUAAAUGAUUUGAAUGUGAAAAGGUUUUGUCAAUCAUAUAGACAUCCAAAGUUCAUAUAUCUAUAACACUUCAUUAAUUUUUUUAUUGGAAAGCUUUCUUGAUUCAUGUUUUUCUUGUAAAAAUGUUCACAUUGAAUAAUUAAUUUGAACAGGCAGCAUGAACAUCAGUAAUAAGGUAAUUAACUGUUUCCGUUAGACAAAAGAACAAAAUUUAAAAAUCCUGAUUUGUUUAAAAAAUUGUGUUAAAAUUAAUACUGCAGGCAUAGAAUCAAGAAAGCUGAUAAGACACAGUGAUUGUGAUUUGGUUUGUGUACAAUCUUAUUUUAUUUAUUUAAAAAUUUUCAUUCGAAUUCAUCAAGUUGCCUUUAUCCAUUUACAUGUGUUUUUCUUUAACAAGUUUUGAGUUUGGAGAUCUGCAUCAUGUAAUUUAUCAUAGGGCAUGUUUAGAUAUUACCUUAUCUGACAUGUGGCUAAAGAAAUAUAUAUACUUUCACUUAUUGUUUCCAAAAUGUUGAAAAAGUGUUUUACCACUUUCAUAAGAUAUUUUAAAUACAAGAUAAUUUAGUUGUACAUUGUAGCCUAUAUCAUCAUUUAUGCACAAAAGUGCACUAUGCAAACAUGUUUUGUUCCUUUCAUUGUCUCCACAAGUUUAUAAACUGUAUAACAAAGGUUUGAAAAGUACUCAUUCAUUUCACACAUCAUUCACAAGUACUCUAAGGUGGUUCAGAAUUGUUAUUUUUCCUUUUCUUUUAAGAUGCAGGCAUCUCAUGUUUUUGUAGUUUGUUUUACUUUAUUACCUAAAGAUUGGUUUUAAGUGUUUUAUAGUAGGGUUAAUAUUAUAUUUUACUGUGCCAUAUAUGUAUAUAGGAUGAAUGUGUUUGAAAUGAUCAAUUUUAUUAGUUGUAUGAAUUAUGCCUAUGAAUGAAAACUGUUAACAAAACGUUGCUGCUUUAUUGUUUUGACAGUACGUUACCACUUAUGAAAGAUAAGUUACAAGUAAAGCACAUAUUGUGUUAAUUGUGUAAGUUUGUCUAAAGGUCAUCUUGCCCACCUCAUCCCACUGACUAUAUAGAAUGAUUACUUUCAGAUAUUAGCUAUAACAUAUUAUUAAGCAAACAUAGAACCAAGAUCAGGGCUUUUGGAAUUAUAAGUCUUAAAUCAUGUGAAUUCAUUUAGUCUUAUAAAGUACGUAGAUAAACUGAGAGAAAUAUCGCACUUCUGGAGAGAAAAAAAAUAAUAAAAACAAUUACAAUAUACAGUGAAGACAGGAGAAAAUUAGGGUAUCAAAUCUAUAAAAUAGACAUUAUGCAUUAAUACACAGAAGACUGGUUUAGUCAAUGUUCCUGUUUACUUCAUGAUUUUCUAACCAUUUGGAAUUAAGAAUGAAUAACAAAACUUUCUGAAACUAUUACAAUGACACAAAAUCUUUUGCUGCAAUGCGGCUGACAACUGAUCCCAAUAGAGAUGAUACUUCAGUCUCUACUCCUGUAAUUUUGUACUCUUUUUUAAUUAAGGAGUUAUCUGGCGAGAACUGUUGAUUCCCUGAAGGUUCAUCGCAUUGAAAGUGUGACAAAACCUUAUCUAGUUCUUCUUCGUUCUUCCCAAUCACACAUACAACAGCAUUAUUAUCAGUAUCACUUAUUCCAAAUUUUAUCAAAGAUUGGGUAAUGUUCUUGGACAACGAUAAGUUGAAUAAUAUUUCAGUAUAUAAGCUCUUUGUUGCCAUUUUAUUUUGUUGUUCAUUCAAUACUGCUUUCUUAGCAGCUACUGCAAUUUGUAAUGGAUCCACAAUUAAACUCGGCUUCAAAAUGCAACAUUGUAUAGAGCCUCCUAUAACCAUUUUGCGUACUUCCGGAAUAUUUUUCACAUUUUUUAAUAAAACUACAAAUAGUUCUUUCCCGGAAUCCAGAGUAACAGAAUACACCAUUGUAAUAUUUAGCUCAGGAAUUACUUCAGUAACAUUCCUCAAUUAAAAAUGUUAGUUUUUAGACUUGUGAGCAAAAAAUCUUCCCGUUCUCAGUGAGAAAAUGUGAUCUACCGACUAGGUUAGGUUGCUUAGUACUACGACAAACGAUUUAUCAACAAACACGGCAGCACAGCACCAAAAAGGCAAGUCACAAAACUCGACUCUCUUGGGGACGCUUCGAGUCUCCAGAUUCGAUUCAUGUGGAAUCGGAAAUUCUUCUUGCUGCGAGUUGAAAUGUUUGUAAAUUUAUGGACUGGCGUGCGGUAGUCCUCGCCACCCGUGAGGUGUUGGCGCGCAGCUUGAAGGACGCCCUUCCUUCAAAACUUUUUCUAGGGUUUU